GCAGUAAGCAACAUUGCGCCUGGGAGUUUUGUUUAAGCAGUUAUAUAACUAAAGAUGCAGUAGCUACUGUUUCGUCUUUACAUGAAGAUUAUCUGUAGUCGGAUUUGGAAAAUGUCAUUCCGCAGUUAUACAACGUGGCACGAAUAAUGGGGAUCAUUUCCUGUUCUCCUCAAGGACUGGCGUUCUAGUUAAGCUGCCAUUGGGGCAUGUGCAAGUCGAAUUCCCAGCAGAAAAUGUCGAAUGUGGAAAUGAAAGAUCUCUAUAAAAUAUAAUAGUGCAAAAAGCACCAAAACAAACCAUUUUCUCUCAGUAAUGAUAGAACGAGUGACGCUGCAGUACUGAGCCACAUGCAGAAAACCAACAAUGACUACAGAUAAGACAGGGUAAACACUUCUCUAGCUUCAGAAAUCCUACUCGUGGUGCGUCAUCGGAUAGAGGGUCAAGAACAAACUUUUCUUGAAGAUGAUACGAUUUUGUAAACAAGGGGACCUUGCAUAUAUAAGGGGACCCAGUGUCCGCCAUCAGUCAGUGGCCACUAGAUCGUUGUUAAGAGAAGUCUUCACCAGAGAGGAAGCCUCGAAGUAAAGAGUACAACCUUGGACCCUGGAAGGAACCUCACCUUCGAAGAGGUUCCACAACAACCGAAACCUGACGAUGGCUCCGGAAGUGAAAUCCGUCCCGCAGAACCGGACCGAAUCCGUCCUCUCGAAGAGAGGAAAACACCUCGCUGACUACCAAGACUUUCUUGUGGCUAAUCUCAACAAGGCCAGUGCCAAUCCCUUCAGUGAAGAAAAUCCAGGUGGCAUUGUUAACCUGGGAACGGCUGUCAACAGAUUGUUAGAAUCGGAUUUGGCCACUAGAUUGGCCCAAGAUGACUGCUUCAAAUUCAGCCCUCUAAACCAACACUAUUAUGAUUUUAGAGGCAUCAAGUGUCUGAAAAUUUCCUUAAGCAAUUUUUUUGCAAGACACUUCCAGCCUUAUAAGCGCGUUAUUGCAGAGAAGAUGAUCAUAUUCAAUGGUGUGUCUUCGUGCCUUGACGCAAUUUCUCAUGUACUGUGUGAUCCAGGCGACAUAAUCAUCACCCCCACUCCUGUAUACGCCCGUAUAUUCACAGACGUACAUGACGCCGCUAGAGCGAUUGUGGAGCCCCUGCCUUUGAGUGAAGAGGAGGACGAGAAUGGCCAAACUUUUGCUUUGAAGCCCGAGGAGUUGGAGAGGAAGAUUGUUUCCCUGAGGGCCACGGGGAAAAACGUCAGGUGUUUCAUCCUUGUGACUCCAAAUAAUCCCCUGGGAGACAUUUAUUCAGCUGAACUCAUGAUGGAGUUGCUGAAUGUCUGCGCCAAGUACGAAGUUCACUUCGUCAGCGAUGAGAUUUACGGCCUUUCCGUAUUCGAGGGCACAAAGUUUACCAGUUUACUCUCCCUGGACAUUCCGGAUCCUUCAAGGACCCACCUCCUGUGGGGAUUCAGCAAGGACUUUGGUCUGGCCGGGCUGAGAAUUGGUGUCAUCUACAGCUUCAGCGAAGAUGUGUUUCAGGCUCUUUCUAACAUGUCACUCUACAAAUGCACUCCACAAAUAGUUCAAGAAGCAGCAGCUGCGCUCAUUGAAGAUAUCGAAUGGUGCGACAAGUUUUAUCUGCCGCUUAAUUCCACGAGAUUAGCAAAUGCCUACGAAUACGCAGCCUCACGACUCCAGUCCAUGGGAGUCCAAGUUAGACCUGCAAAAGCUGGGCUGUUCAUUUGGGGCAACGCUCGGUCUUUGCUGCACAGUCCAACGGAAGAAGACGAAAUGAAACUUCACGAAGAAGCCCUUGACGCCGGCGUUUAUAUUGUUCCGGGUAUGAAGUUGUAUUGUACCACACCUGGCUGGUUCAGGCUGAUCACUUCCGUCACGCGGAAAGAACUCCAAGUUGGUCUGGAUAGACUUCAGGAGGUGUUGGAAGCAAGAGCGAAACGAUGUCCAGAAAAACUUCCCGACAACGUCCCAAAUGGAGGCGGCGACAACUGACAUGUGGAGACACUGCCCAGCGAAGCGCCUAGUUUCUAGAAAUUUCACUGGAACAGAGCUUAUGAUGUGUAGUUACUCCAAAUAGCUCUUCCUUCCUUUUCUUUGUUUACCUUCUGAACGUGAUGAAGAACAGAUCUUACUUGUGAGUGAUCAUUUCAAUAUAUAUAUA